CUGUUUUGGUUAGUCAGUUGUCAAACUCAUUGAGACGAGAACGGUUGCAAAAGAAACGGUUCGUAAACAGAAAAACAGAAUUUUGUAAAGCGAAGCAAAAAAGUACCGCUAAAUACUACAGGGUAACGGCAAGAAUAACGCUCGUGGUGGUGGUGGUCGUCGUCAACGUUGUAGUAGCUUCAGCAGCCCCUUUUGAAUAUAUGCUGUAUGUAUGUUGAUGUGAAUGUGUGUAUACAUGAAAAUAUUAAAGAAGCAAAAAAACAACAACAAAUAAAAAGGGGAAAAUUAAGAGCAACGUUCAAGAUACUACAACAGACAGUCAGAAAAAAAAAUCGUUUAAGAAAAAUAACAACGAUACAAAAAACCUAAUUAACCAAGAGCAAGCAGUAGCAGCCAACCAACAUCUCUCCAUUCAUUAACUGACGAGACUGGUUUCCUUCGAACAACUCCAGUUACAUAGAAAAUAUCAAGAUAACAUUGAACGCCCCAAGUAGACGUAGACUAAUUUUUGUAAAAAUUCCCUGCCGUCAUUUUUAUGAAUUAUGACAGCUGAAGUUAUGGCAGCAAAUGAUACACACUGGGAUCCGGCUCUUUCCAAGCUGAUAGCAUCGCUUAAAGAAGCUGAAAGUCUUUCCAAUGAUCAAGAAAUUGAUUUUCUGCAGACGCUGCUGGAGUCCAAAGAAUUGAAUGCUUUGGUCAACGUCCACAGUAAAGUGGCCAAGGUGGGGAAGGAUGAUCGUCUGGCACCCAUUCUAUCAACAUCAGGGAUGAUAAUGUGUGAAGUGCUGGAACAAUUAUCACAGCAAUGUCACCUGAACGAGGAUUGCCGCGAGGCAUUUCAUCUACUACAGAAACCGCAUUUACAAAGUCUUCUUUAUGCCCACGAUGCCAUUGCUCAAAAGGACUUCUAUCCACAUCUUCCCGAUUUACCCAUAGAAAUGGAUGAAGAUGAGGAGACCAUUAAAAUUGUUCAAUUGGUUAAAAGUAAUGAACCCUUGUCAGGAGCACAAAGUGCGGAACCAAUUGUUGGUGCCACCAUAAAAACCGAUGAAGAAUCGGGUAAAAUUAUAAUAGCUCGCAUUAUGCAUGGCGGUGCUGCCGAUCGUUCGGGACUGAUACAUGUCGGCGAUGAGGUCAUCGAAGUCAAUGGCAUUAAUGUGGAGGGUAAAACGCCAGGCGACGUUUUAAGUAUAUUGCAAAACUCUGAAGGCACCAUCACAUUCAAAUUGGUACCCUCCGAUGGCCGAGGGGCCCAACGCGAAUCGAAGGUACGCGUUCGUGCCCAUUUCGAUUAUAAUCCUGAAGUUGAUCCCUAUAUACCUUGUAAAGAAGCUGGUCUGGCAUUUCAACGGGGUGAUAUUCUGCACAUUGUAUCACAGGAUGACUCAUACUGGUGGCAAGCUCGUCGCGAAUCUGAACGUACAGCUCGUGCCGGUCUAAUUCCCAGUCGUGCCUUGCAAGAAAGACGUAUUAUACACGAACGGACGCAACGUGAGAUUGUCGAGGGGGAAUCAAAAAAGGGUUCAUGUACCUCCAUAUGUUCCACACCGCCUGGUUCACCUAGAUUACGUUCUAGCAGUAGUACCUCAUCAUGUCGCCAACCGAAAACUAAAAAAAUCAUGUACGAUUUAACAGAGAACGACGACUUUGAUCGGGAGCUAAUUGCCACCUAUGAAGAAGUAGCCAAACUGUAUCCACGUCCAGGCAUUUAUAGACCGGUGGUGUUGAUUGGAGCGCCCGGUGUCGGACGUAAUGAGCUGAGGAGACGUUUGAUAGCGCGUGACCCUGAAAAAUAUCGUAGUCCAGUGCCAUAUACCACACGUCCCAUGCGCACCGGUGAAGUUGCCGGCCGGGAAUAUAUUUUUGUUAGCCGAGAAAAAAUGGAGGCCGACAUUGAGGCUGGUAAAUUCAUUGAACACGGUGAAUACAAAGGCCAUUUGUAUGGCACCUCGGCGGAAAGUGUCAAAUCAAUUGUCAAUGCUGGCUGUGUCUGCCUGCUCAGUCCCCACUAUCAGGCCAUAAAGGCAUUGAGAACGGUACAAUUGAAACCCUUCCUUAUACACAUCAAACCACCGGAAUUCGAUGAGCUGAAGAAGACACGUACAGAUUCGAGAGCCAAAUCCACAUUCGAUGAAUCGAAUGCAAGAGGUUUUACGGAUGAAGAAUUCACUGACAUGAUCAAAUCAUCGGUUCGCAUUGACUUCCUCUAUGGCCACUUUUUCGAUGAAGAAAUUCUGAAUGCCGAUUUGGUGACAGCAUUCGAAAAACUUGUAAAUAUUGUGCAACGAGUUGAAACGGAACCGCUGUGGGCCCCAUCAUCGUGGGUGCAAUAAGAUCUGUAGAAUGAAUGACAGGAAUGAUAGACGACAUUGGAAUGGGUUGUGGAGCAGGCAGCUAUACAAAAGAAAACAACACUCACACACAAAAACAAAAGGUUAAACAGCUCAAAUGGAAUAGCUGGGAAUACCGGGAAACACAACAACAACAAAAGACACUGCUACAAAACCAAAACAAAAAAAUGCCAAAAGAACACACAAAAUUACUAAAAAUUGUUGAAACCAAAAAAAAACUACAUUAGAAAUGUAUCAUCCAAAAGAAAUUCAAUUCGAAGAAUAAAAACCAAAACUCAAAUAACAACAACACCAAAAAAAAAAAUUUAGAUUCAUGUCUUUAGAGAAAAAAAAUUGUUUUAAUUUUUAAGCUUAUACAAUUUAAAAAAAUAUUUAUUUAAACCAAAAAAGAAAACACCAUAAUAUUUUUUCAGCUGACAUUGUAAAAUUGCUAUAAUCCGCCAAAAACAAGAAUAAAACAUCUGAAAUGAUAACACAAAUCCAUUUAAAGGUUACCCUUAUAAUCCAGUUGUUGACCAAAAAGUGCGGAUCAUUUUGAGGUGCGAGUAGAUUUCUUUAAACAAAAAAAAACUGAAAAUUAAACACAACUUUAAGAGAAUUUAUGUUUUUUAUAUUCAAUGUCAAAAAUAAGAUAUGUUUUCUCCUUCCACAUUUGAAGUACAUUUUUAAAAUGUAAAUAAAACCAAAAAAAUAAGUCAGUUUUGUUAUACCUUUACUUUAUACCUUAAGGAUAAAGUUCACAUUAUCGGGGUUUCAUUAUUACAUCUUUCUAUUUCUAUUAUAUUAAUAUGGCAACAUAAGUUCAGUAAACUUUACGUUAAAAGAUAAUAGGAAGUUGGUCGGAACUUUUUGCUUAUCGGAUAGUUCAUAUUUAAAUAAAAUUUGUAAGAACGAACAAGUUAAAAAGCAGUAAGUUCGGCCGAGCCGAACUUUGAAUACCCUCCACUAUUUGGAACGAAUUUUAAAAUUUUUAAUUUUUUUUUAAAUUUUGUUUAAAUUUUAAAAAUACUGAAUAUAGUCAUUUUGUUGGAGUCUAUAUGACGUGGACCUACAUAGGCAUUGUUUGUCAUAAGCCAUUACAAUAUUAAAAUUCGACAACUUGAAAUAAACGUUGAAUGAUGUAGAUAAAAUCAUCAAAAUAUCGUAUAUAGGGAGGUACCGUUACAUCGGAGCUGUGCGAAGACCUGGACCAGCAUAGACAAUUUUCUGUCAUAGGCUGUAGCAUCCAUUACGAAGUUCAAAUACGACAUCUCAAACAAUUACGACAUUUCAAACAAUCUCGUCAAAAUACCGAUUAUAGGGAGGUAUUGAUAUAUGGGACCUAUACGAAGACCUGGACCUGCAUAGACAACUUGCUGUCACAGACUAUAUGUAGAUCCCAUUACUAAUUCUAAAUAUGUAAUUUGAAACAAUUCCGGUGAACAAUGUCGCUAAAAUCAUCAAAAUACCGAAUAUUGGGAGGUACCGUUAUAUGGGGGCUAUACGAAGACGUGAACCUGCACAGUAAAUUUUCUGUCUUAGGCUAUACUAUCCCUUUGGAAUUUCAAAUAUCAAAUUUGAAAUAAUUCCGGUGAAUAAUGUCGCUGAAAUCAUUAAAAUACCGAAUAUCGGGAGGUACCGCUAUAUGGGGCUAUACAAAAACGUGGACCUGCACAGACAAUUUUCUGUCAUAGGCUGAAGUAUCCAUUACGAACUUCAAAUACCAAAAUUUGAAACAAUUCCGGUGACUAAUGUCGCUAAAUCAUUAAAAUACCGAAUAUCGGGAGGUAUCUGCCUACUGGAAAAAUAAACCUGUGUGCAAAAUUUUAGCCUUCUAUCUCAAUUCGUUCGAAAGAUAGCGUGAUUACAACAGACAGACAGACGGACAUCGCUAAAUCGACUUAGAAUUUUACGCUGAUCAAGAAUAUAUAUACUUUUUUGGGUCUGACAUGAGUAUUUCGAGGAGUUACAAACGGAAUGACAAAGUUAAUAUACCCUCCAUAGUACGAUGGAGGGUAUAAAAAGGAUUUAUUUGUCCGACAACAUCACUUUGUUAUCUAUCGGAAAUAUGUAAUAACCAGCCAUAGAUAAUGAAUACAGCCAAUCAAUUUUAUGCACUUCAAGAUAAAGUUCUAUGGUAAAAAUUCAUAUGGGUUUUAAAGUGUUUGGUGAAUUAUUUCAAUUAUUUUUAAUUAAUGAUCUAUUGGAGAUAUAAAGUAUAAACGAGAUUAUUUUUACGCCUAUAACGACUUUGUGGGUCGGUUUCUAUUGAACUGAUGCAGCAAAUGCUGGCGCCCAAUUAAAAUAGUCACUGCAGGAAAUAAUUUUGCCAUUGCACUUCUUUUCCGAACGAGUCAUUUUGUCGAUAAUUUUAAAGUGUCUUCUUCAUAUUUUCAUUUUCUGAUAACUGGCAAAAAAAUUUAACGUUUCAUAUAUCACUUUAGGAGUUACAUAUAUGUAUGUCCAAAAGCUUGAAUUCUGUAAAUAAUAAAGUAUCCGCUAAGGCCAAAAUGUCUCGUCAGCGAAGGGGUUAAAGUCAGCAUUCCAAUUCAAUUCCAUACCAAAACUGGUUUAUAUAUCCAAUACCCCAACGGAUAAUUCAAAAAAAAGAUACAAAAGCAAUCUAAUGUUUUUAACAUAUGUUGGCUGUUUGGUUAAGAAUUCAAAUAAAAUUGUAUUUUAUAAUACACAAAAAUAUGUUCAGGGUAUGGGCCCACUAAUCCUGUGUCGAUUGGAUUCAAUUGUGGGAUCAGGAAUUUUUUUUCUGUUUUUUAUUCAAAAUAAAUAUUUUGCAAUCAUCUCCAAAAGCAAUAGAUUUCUAUUCGGACCAUAACCCCACUUCUAUGCAAAAUUUCGUGAGGAUCGGGCCAUAAUUGCGACCUGUAAAGUGAUUACAAAUUAACAUAGACAGACGUACAGACGGACGGACAUGCAUAGCGCUACAUCGAGUUAGCUUAGAUAGGAAGAUCCAUACAUACUUUCUUAUGGGUGAAACCAAUAUUUCGAGGUGUUACAUAAUUGUUGGUCCUAUCAAACUUAUAAUCAGUUGGUCCAAUCAAACUUGAUCAGAGUAAAAUUUAGACGCUUUGGCCCUGUCCGUCCGUCUGUUUUAAUCACGCUACAGUCAAAACUAAUUGAGAUAGGAAGCUAAAAUAUUGCACACAUCAUUCUUUUUUAUGCAAGCAGGUCAAGUUCGAAGAUGGCCCAUAUCGGUUCACAAUAUCAUAUAGCCCCCAUAUAACGGUAUUUUGAUGAUUUUAGCGACAUUAUUCACCGGAAUUGUUUCAAUUUUCGUAUUUGAAGUUGUGUACUGCAGUCUAUGACAGAAAAUUGUCUAAGCAGGUCCCGGUCUUCGUAUAGCCCUCAUAUAUCGGUACAUAACUAUAUUCGGUAUUUCGACGAUUUUAGGUACAAUAUUUAGAGGAUUUUUUCAAACUUCGUAUUUGAAGUUCCUAAUGGCUACUACAGCCUGUGACGGAAAAUGAAAUUGUCUAUGCAUGUACAAUUCUUCGUAUUAUUUUCAAAUUUCGCAUUUGAAGAUUGUAAUGGCCAAUGACAAAAUUUGCCUAUGCUAGUCCACGUUUUCAUAUAGACCCCAUUAUGACGGCGACUUCCUAUAUUUGGUAUUUUUAAGAUUUUAUUUUUGUUUUAACAUUUCCAAAUUCGUUCCAAAAGGUGGAGCGUAUUCAAAGAUCUGCCCGUCUGAAAUUACUGUUUUUUACUUGUUUCUUGGUAAAUUUGGUCGUGUAAACAAAAGUUGUAUGCUUGCCAACUUCGGAUUGGCUGAUAUCUUGAUUCUGGAGCAUUAUCAAAUUUUGACGUCUUCCUUCGCGUAGUUACUAGCAGUAGUUUUCUUUAAUGGUCCUUGUUUUGGGUCAUGACCUUUAUAAGUUUGACCAAUAAGCCGACACAAUAGUGCAAAAACUGCUAAGUCUUUUUUCAAAACCAGUCUUUUUUUCCAACCUUACAUAGAGGUCAGUUUCCACAUAGUGUAAGAGUCAUAUGUAAAGUGAUUCUUUAACAUUUUACAAUUAACAUUUUUGUAGCAGACUAUAUAAUGUCAUACUCUUCAUCUAGGACAAUGAAAAUAAUAUUCAUCGAAAAAGCGUGUGCAUUUUUACGAAACUCUGUGGUAAAAAAUCAUUUCGUUUUCAAAACUUUGGAUUCCUUUCAACUUUCAGUAAGUUAUAUUCUUUUUUAAAAAGGAAAGGUGUGAAAAGUGUAGGUUGUGUAAGAAAAUUGAAAUACUGCAGAAACCUGCAAGUAAAUAAUCAGUUGAUUUGUCAAAACAAUAUAAUUUGGGCGCCAUAAAAAAAAAAAUAAAUAAAUAUUUAACAAUUUACAAUUUUUUCGGUAGCCAGACAGACCUAAUAUUUGCUACAAAAUCCAAAAUGUGAAUUUAUUCGUCGAAUUUGCAAACAAACGGAAAAAAUCAGGCAGAUAUGAGAUCGAAGAGGGCUAAAGCUACUAUUACCCCUUUCGACCUCGUACUUUUGCAUCUACCAAUCGUGAAAAGUUUAAUUUGAUUUCUCUUUUUCCCUUUCCCUUCCUGCUAUAAAAAGUCACACUGGGACCUCCUUAAAAAGUUUUCGAGUUUUUUUUUUCAUGGAGGGAUAUAUACACCUAAUGAUCGGUCAAUGACUCUUCUCUGGAGUUUUUGAGUUUAGAGUUCAAAAUAUGUAAUUUAUAUUUCAUAAUGUGCACUAAAGAACAUUUUUUGAUUCGGCAUCUUUAAGUAACAACUGGAAUAUAUAUAUAGAGAGGUAAUAACAAAUAUCUUUGUUAACAAAUUAUUGAAACAAAUUACUAAAUUCUGUCCUCAUUUUAAAAGAAAAUAAAAAUAAUAAGACCUAUAACUACAAAUAAAUUCAACUACAAGUAAAUAAAUUAAAUACAAAAUAGUUCCACAUUAAGAAAAGAAUAAUGUAUGUACCGAAAAACAAAAUUUAAUCAUGGCCUCCUACACUUGUUAAUCUUAAACAAAUCCAAUUGAAAGCUUCAAUGAUUUUAAAAUCAAUAAAAACACUAUUAAAUUGAUAAUUGCUAUAUAACAAAAAAAUAUAUGAAUAAUGUCAAUGAAUGCCACCCCAUAAAUAAUUGUAUAAAACACAGGAAUCCAAUGCAAUAAUCAAUUUCAAUAAAAAAAAACAACUAAAAUAAGCUAAAACCAUUUUUAAAAUUUGUUAAAAAAAAGAUACAGAGCUGAAUAUAAUAAAAAAAAACAAUAAUGAAAUUUCUCUAUUUUAUUACUUAUUGAACAACAAACAAAUACAAAAACAACAAAAAAUAACAACAAAUGUCCAUUAUUAAACAAUAAACAAAUUGUCUAUACAACAACAACAGCAUUAUACUAUACUAUUUAUGUAAAUGUAUUUAAAUUGUAAACGAAAAGAAACAAACUUAAGAAUUUAUUAAAAUGUUUAAUGUUGAAACCAAGAAAACAAAAAUUAAAUAAAAAAUAUAUAUGAACCAUAAAAAAAUGGAUAUAAAAUA